AUGAACCAAAGUGCUGUUCUUAUUUUCUGCCUUAUCCUUCUGACUCUGAGAGGAACUCAAGAAAUACCUCUCUCUAGGACUACACGCUGUACGUGUAUCAAGAUCAGUGAUCAACCUGUUAAUCCAAGGUCCUUAGAAAAACUUGAAGUGAUUCCUGCAAGUCAAUCUUGCCCACGUGUUGAGAUCAUUGCCACAAUGAAAAAGAACGGGGAGAAAAGAUGUCUUAAUCCAGAGUCUAAGACCAUCAGGAAUUUACUGAAAGCAAUUAGCAAGGAAAGGUCUAAAAGAUCGCAAACACAGAAAGAGGCGUAA